UUUUUUUUUGUAUUUCAAAUUACUGACCCCCCUCGGCUCCAUGAUGGAGAAAGUUCCAUGCGAUGUUCACGGUGGCGUGUGCUUGUUAAAAACCGGCGUCAAAGAUGGACCCAGCAAGGGCAAAAGCUUCUACGUGUGCGUGGACAAACGCGGCUGUGAUUUUAACAAGACGGCGAGCAUCUCGCCAUCCCACUGCCUCCAGCAUGAAGACUCGGUGGUGGAACUCCAAGGGCUGACCUCCAACCAGCAGCACCAGAACCACAGGUUGUACUACAGGUGCAUCGUGGGUAAAAAAGCAGGCCAGAAAUGGUGUGGAAAUGUUCCCUGGACUGAGCCUGAGCAGCAGAAGAAGAAACAUGGAGAACAAGCCCAGGUUCUCCACCUGCCGCCUAUCAGAAACCCCUUCAAGGCUCCUGAGAAAGCGUGUGAAGACUCUGAGUGGAAGAGGAUGCACGACGCUCACACUGAGCAGAAAGGAGGAGAAGAGGUGGCACGGAGGGAGGGCGAGGGGAAAGAAAAUGUGGAGAAGAAAAGUGCGUCAGAGGGCCAUGAGAAGCGGGUCCCUCACAGAGGCCAGCAGCUUCCAGCGGGCAUGACGCUGAAGAAGAGGUCUUCUGAGCAGGAGGGAGACCACCUCAAAGUGGAGCAGACAUCUUCUCCAAGCAGUGGCGGAGCUGCAGAGCCAACAUCCUCAGAUAUUCUCCAGGACCGCCAGCAGCAAGCUGCAGGAGCGACAGCCAGCGUUUCCAAAAGCCACACUGCCGCCUCCUCCUCCCGCGGGCCCGCGACCGGCGCUCCCAAGCAUGAGGAGGAAGACGAGGUGGUGUUUGUGUCCCAGAAAACUCCCCCGGCCUCCGCUGUCCAGAAGACCCUGACCGCAGGAGCGACAGCCAGCGUCUCCAAAAGCCACACUGCCGCCUCCUCCUCCCGCGGGCCCGCGACCGGCGCUCCCGAGCAUGAGGAGGAGGACGAGGUGGUGUUUGUGUCCCAGAAAACUCCUCUGGCCUCCGUCGUCCAGAAGACCCUGACCGCUUACCCGGGGUUUGGACCUGCUUCCAAAGCCAAAGGUCCGCUGAACGAUCCUCAAGGGAUGCACAAGCUGCUGUCUAAGGAGCUGCAGCAGAAGAAGGCGACUCUGUCUGCAAUCAAUGUGGCGGCACUGCCAGACAAAGGCGAGCGGCUGAGGACGCAGGUUAAAGAACUGGAGGCGGCGCUGGACUCUCUGAGCCUUUCUUCAAGUUCUGAGCACGAAUGUGCAGACAAGACUCCAUCCAGCAGCAGCAGCCGUGAGAUCAACCCCUUCAGCCGCCCCGCCAGCGCCAUCUUGCUUCCUGUCUCUCAGGCCGCAAGACCUUCUGUCCAGUCCAGACCACAGUCCUCCCAACUGCACGGAGCCGCCGCCCAAAUGCAGUCCUUCUAUGGCGGCAGGAUGACGGAAGAUCGUCUGCUGGCGGUGAAGAACGCCACCUGCGAGGCCAUCGACCACCUCCACAAGUCGCUGGAGUCCUGCCCCGCCCCCGACACGGAGGCCCCGGACCCUAAAGGCCUCAAGGUGUCCCUGCUGGUCCAUCAGAGAGCAGCUCUGGCUUGGCUGCUGUGGAGGGAAAGACAGAAUCCAUGUGGAGGAAUCCUGGCUGACGACAUGGGCCUGGGCAAAACUCUGACUAUGAUUGCACUCAUAUUGGCCCAGAAGGUGAAGGCCAAACAGGAAGAAGAAGAAAAGAAGGAGGCGAAGAAGAAACCGGAGAACUGGCUCUCGAAAACUGAUUGCAAGGUGGUGUCCUCCAAAGGCACACUAAUCAUCUGCCCCGCCUCGCUACUUCACCACUGGAAGAAAGAGAUCGAGCGGCACGUCAAGGUGGGGAAGUUGACCGUGUAUUUGUACCACGGGCCCAACCGCAAGAAGUGCGCCAGAGUGUUGGCCGCUCAUGACGUGGUGGUGACCACCUACGCUUUGAUCUCCAAGGAAGCGCCCGACCCCAAGGAGGCGGAGAAACCCCAGCAGGGGGCCGACCAUGUGCCGCCGCACUCUGGCCCUCUCCUGCAAGUGUCCUGGGCCCGAGUCGUUCUGGACGAGGCCCACUGCGUGAAGAACCCCAAGGUGAAGACCUCCAUGGCCGUGUGCCAGCUGAGGGCGGGCGCCCGCUGGGCCGUCACGGGCACGCCCAUCCAGAACAACCUGCUGGACAUGUACUCUCUGCUCAAGUUCCUGCGCUGCUCCCCGCUGGACGAGUACAAGGUGUGGAAGGCGCAGGUGGACAACGGCUCCAAGCGGGGCCGGGACAGACUCAACAUCCUGACCAGGACUCUGCUCCUGCGCCGCACCAAGGACCAGCGGGACUCGUCCGGCAACCCCCUGGUGGCGCUUCCUGCUCGGACCUGCAUGGUGCACCGCCUCAAACUGUCCGCGGACGAGCAGGCGGUCUACGACGUGGUCUUUGACCGAUCCAGGUCCACCCUGCAGAACUACCUGAAGAGGCAUGAAGGGAGCGACGUGAAGACCGGAGGCAGCAGCGGCGCGUCAAACCCCUUCGACAAAGUGGCCAAAGACUUUGGUCUGUCCCAGUCCCACCUGGACCACCUGGACCACCUGGACCCCUCCACUUCCCAGCAGCCUCAGCAGGCGUCCAGCACCGUACACAUCCUGUCCCUCCUGCUGCGUCUGCGCCAAUGCUGCUGCCACCUGUCACUGCUCAAAAAGACUCUGGACUCGUCGGAGCUGGAAGGCGACGGCAUCGUCUUGUCUCUGGAGGAGCAGCUCAACGCGCUCUCGCUCUCCUCCGGGCCCUCGCCGCCAGACGCCGCCAAAGACACGGUGGCCCUGAACGGCACGCGUUUCGCCUCGCAGCUGUUUGAGGACCAGACCGUGAGCACCAAGAUUUCUGCCAUCGUUUCUGAGCUGGAGGCAAUCCGAGGGAAGGAGGACAAUCAGAAAAGCGUGAUCGUGUCCCAGUGGACCAGCAUGCUCCACAUCAUGGCCGCCCGCCUGCGCCUCAUGGGCCUGCGCUACACCGUCAUCGACGGGACCGUCAACCCCGAGCGGCGGAUGGACCGGGUGGAGGACUUCAACACCAACCCCCGAGGAGCACAGGUGAUGCUGCUGUCCCUCUGCGCCGGGGGCGUCGGCCUCAACCUGGUGGGCGGGAACCACCUCUUCCUCAUGGACAUGCACUGGAACCCGGCGUUGGAGGACCAAGCCUGUGACAGAAUCUACAGAGUUGGGCAACAGAAAGAUGUCACCAUCCACAGGUUUGUGUGUGAGGGCACGGUGGAGGAGAAGAUCUCCACCCUGCAGCAGAAGAAGAAGCAGUUGGCCCAGAAUGUUCUGUCAGGAAGUGGCAGCAGCGUCACCAAACUCUCCCUCAACGACCUCAGGAUCAUUUUUGGUGUUUGAGCCUUUUCUCUACCUAUUUUGAAUUGUACUUUUCUUCAUUUAAUCUCUUAUUCCUUUCAACUUUCAUACCCUCUCCUUCUCCUUCUUCGUUGAAAUGAUGUCUUUGUUGUGUGGAGUGAAAAGUGUAUCUUCAUCUUGACUAUUGCGUGCACUUUGGCUUCCUUUAUUGACUAAAUAAAGUCUUAUUGUUUGCACUUUGCACCAAUACUACAGUAAACACUGCGCUGCCUUUGGGGGUUGUGAGAAAACGUGGGAACAUUGAGGAUCAUUGUGAAAAUGACACAAAUAUAUUAGCAUCAUCAAUCUAAUAUACUUCAUUCCAGCUUUUAAAACCCUUAGAUUAUUAAAAUGUUUGUUAAAAAACAAACCGGUGAAAUGUAAAGUGGAAAAGUUUCAUAGUUGACUCUAAUAAUACCAUUUUUUAUUGCAAUCGUUCAAAAAAUAAUCAAAAUCAUGAAUUGACAUAUUCAAAGCUCCAAUUACUUCCCAUCAAGUAGUGCACUUUGAAAUAUUUUGUUUGUGUGUUUGCCAUUAAAAAAAAAAAAGCUUUGACAAAAAGGGCAUAAAAGGAAAAAAGUUAUGGAAAUAAAAGUAUGGACAUAUCUGAAGAUGUAUAGUGAUUCAUGGGUUGAAAUUUAAAAAAUACUGUCGGACUUAUUUUUCAACACUUUAAGGCUGUUUUUAUUUUUAUUUUUUUUAACUGUACCAACUAACUAAACCAUAGUUUAGUUAGCUGAGGUAUAUAAUGUACAGUGUAUUUUGUCAACAACUGUAUGUGUGUAACGUAUUUCUUGUGCUGAGCGAUCAUAAAACAGUUGUGAAGACGCACUGGCUGAGGCUCGCAGUAAUCCCGCCUCAUGGUGGUAGAGGGCGCUAGUGAUCCCAGAGAUCAUUUUUGCGACUACUCGGCUGCAGAAGAAGUGACAACAAGCAGCAACAGUUAGCAGCGAUCGUUUAUUUUUUCCUCUCGCCUGGACUUUUAACUUGGAGGAUUACAUAUCUAAAAUAAAACAGUUUUCUAAACUGGACUUUCAAUGGAAGCAGGAGGUAAUAAUUAAAGGAAGAUCUCCAUGGAGACAGAGACUUUUAAAACCGAAGAAAGAUAAGGAAGACUUCUAUAAACAAGUUAGCAAUGCUUUUGUUCAGAAGGAGCGGCGCAUGGACUUCAUUUAUAAGUAAAGGUAAGACCAUAAUAACGUUUUUUUAAUUAAAUGUGCUUUUUUAUGUGCUACAGUUUGUAUGUGUAAAGUUAAGUUAAGUUAAAGUAGCAAUGAUUGUCACACACACACUAGGUGUAAUGAAAUUUGUCGUCCAUCCCCUUGAUCACCCCCUGGGAGGUGAGGGGAGCAGUGGGCAGCAGCGGCGCCGCGCCCGGGAAUCAUUUUUGGUGAUUUAACCCCCAAUUCCAAGCCUUGAUGCUGAGUGCCAAGCAGGGAAGAAUGCUGGUAUGAGCUUUUAAACAUAACCCGUUAACUGCUGCCAAUCAAAUGGUGAAUAAGAUACUCUUUAGGGUUCAUAUGUUUGUAAAUGUGACUGUGAUGAAGUCAGUGCCUCACCAGCCAUCAACCUCACCGCACGUCACUGCGGCCUACAAAAGGAGAUUGCAGGUCAAAUAGUCGAUUACGAGAUCAUCAGCA